GUCAUGUAUAACAAGAAUGAAAACAGAUCAGCUGGGGCAAGUCUAUUUCCUUGAGAUGUUCAUCUUAUAAAAGCCAGCUGGCCAUCCUAUUCACAAUAGACCUAAGCAGCUCUACAGACCUAAUCAUCUCCAGGUACCAGGAACAACCACUGUUGAAGGAUGAGUUCCCACCAGCAGAAGCAACCCUGCACCGCACCCCCUCACGUUCACCAGCACCAGGUGAAGCAGCCUUGCCAGCCUCCACCCCAGGAGCCAUGUGUCCCCAAAACCAAGGAGCCUUGCCACAAUGAAGUGCCUAAACCUUGCCAACCCAAUGUUCCUGAACCCUGCCACCCCAAGGCACCUGAGCCCUGCCACCCCAAGGCACCUGAGCCCUGCCAACCCAAGGCACCUGAGCCUUGCCACCCCAAGGCACCUGAGCCCUGUCACCCUAAGGUGCCUGAGCCCUGCCCCUCAACGAUCACUCCAGCACCAGCUCAGCAGAAAACCAAGCAGAAGUAAUGUGAUCCACCACCACGCCUUUGAGGAGCUCAUCACCAAAUGCCAAACCCCCUUCCCAUUCUGCUUAUGAAUCCCUUAUCUGUUUCCCUGACAACUAACAUGCUAUGACCCUCUGUAAUAUCUAAAAAUAUCCCUUGCACUCACUGUGGAAGGUUCUCUAGCCUCUGGACACUGCUGAAAGUCCCACUGGUGAACUAAUCUUCCAGUGGCUCACAGUUGGUCUGAAGAGGGAUUGUGGGAGGAAUGGAGUGUCUCUUCCCUGUUCUGCCUCAUUAAAUUAGUUUUAAUGCCA